AUGGCGACUGGGCCAACUACCGACCCUGCCUUACAAAGUCCUGCAUAUGAACUUGCCAUCGCUUCAUUUGUUGCUUUCAACAUUUUAGCUCUGAUUGGGAAUAGUCUGAUCCUAAAAAUUGUGCCAAAGAUUCCCUCCGACGCCAUGUUCGAUUCGACUAAGGUGUGUUUAAUGGGCCAGGCUGUUACGGAUGCGGUGUUUGCGUUUAUGUCUGUUAGCAACCUCGUUACUGAAUUGAUCGGCGAGUCAACGGGGUGGACUACCGGGCGAGAGCCGUUAUGUCGAGCGUUUGGAUUUGUUGUUUCUUCGCUGACAGGUGCGAGUAUAUGGAAUGUCGCUCUUUUGAACACAGAGCGCUAUCUCUUUAUCGCGCGGCCAAUGCUCUAUCGCCGCAUAGCUACUCGCAAUCUUACGCUAUCAGCAUACGUCGUUUUCGCAAUAGUCCACCUCGCACUUACGUUACUCUUCGUAUUCAUAAACGAUGAAUCCCUUCACAUCAUUAGGAUCGAAUCUUUCAAAGUAUGCGUUAUCGAUUUACGAGAUCCUUCAUUUUUACCAUAUACAUUUUGCAUUUUUGUACACUUGUGGGUAAUUGCCGUCUGCCUGGUAAUUCAAUACGUCCACAUCAUCAAGAUCUCUGUUAAUCAUCUCAAUCGAAUCCAACCACGUCUAAAUCAGAUGCACCGACCAGCUGUUAUUGCUGUUAUGUCUGCCACGACGAGUAAAGAAGGAGUACAAAAUGGCGUCGGCGAUGGCAUCGAGGAAUCGGCCUGUUGCUCUUCGCAGGAGCCACCACCUACCAUCGUGAACGCAGCCGAGAGGUCGGGGGAGCCGCGAAGUCAGGCCGAGGCAUCACCCUUACUAAAGAACCUGAGGAUCCUUCGCACUCCGUUCAUCAUCAUGUGCUGUUUCUUUUGCUCCUAUCUGCCUUUAUCCUUCAUGAGCGUCUACGUUGCUUUGACCGGCAACAACAUUAACAAUUUAGUCUAUGCUUUUUGUUCAAUGCUUGUUACUUUCAAUGGCGGGAUGAACAUCGUCGUCUACUAUUUUACCAUUCAACCUUUUAGGCAAGUACUGAAAAACACGCUGCUCUGUCGCUGA